CGGGAACAUCAGAUCACAAACUAAUUCAUUUUUAAGGCUCUUAAAAAGUUUCUCUCUAAGGCACGUAAAACCUAUCCCCUCCCGGCCACUCAAUACUCAUCUGCAUCCGAUUCCUUAAUGGAAGCAACAAAAGUCCCCCUCCAGCCUCCAACUUAUGGAAACUUCAUCACCGUUCUCAGCAUUGACGGCGGUGGAAUAAGAGGGCUUAUCCCAGGAACUAUCCUAAGCUUCUUAGAAUCUGAGCUUCAGAAGCUGGAUGGUGAAGAUGCAAGAAUCGCAGAUUAUUUUGACGUUAUUGCAGGAACAAGCACAGGAGGUCUUAUAACUGCUAUGCUAACUGCCCCAAAUGAGAAGAAUCGACCCCUUUUUGCAGCUAAGGAUAUCAAGGACUUCUACCUAAACCACAGUCCUAGAAUCUUCCCGCAAAAAAGUUUUCCAUUAUUUUCUCACGUUACAAAGAUUGUCAAAGCUCUUUCCGGACCAAAGUAUGAUGGGAAGUAUCUACAUAACAUUAUUAGGGAAAAACUAGGCAGUUUAAGAUUGCACCAGACAUUGACUAAUGUUGUCAUCCCAACAUUUGACAUCAAGCGACUCCAUCCAACCAUCUUUUCUAGCUAUGAGGUAAAGAAAAACCCGAGCAUAGAUGCCUUACUCUCAGACAUAUGCAUCGCAACCUCAGCUGCUCCAACUUAUCUUCCAACUUAUUGCUUCAAAACCAAAGAUGCCGAAGGGAAAGUACUUAGAGAAUUUCACCUUAUAGAUGGUGGGGUUGCUGCUAAUAAUCCGGCCUUACUUGCCAUGGGUGAAGUGUCAAAGGAGAUUAUUAGUGGAAGUCUUGACUUCUUUCCUAUAAAACCAAUGGACUAUGGACGGUUUCUGGUAAUAUCACUAGGAACUGGGUCACCCAAAAUUGAAGAAAAAUACAAGGCGCCUGAUGCAGCUAAGUGGGGCAUACUGGGGUGGUUAACUAACGGUGGUUCCACCCCAAUAAUUGAUGUAUUUUCUCAAGCAAGUCUCCAUAUGGUCGAUGUCCACCUCUCUGUUGUUUUUCAAGCCCUUCAUAGUGAGAAAUGCUAUCUGCGGAUUCAGGACGAUACAUUAAGUGGGGUAUUAUCUUCUGUGGACGUAGCUACAACAAAGAAUUUGGAUGAUCUUGUAAAAGCUAGCGAAACACUGCUAAAGAAACCAAUCUCUAGGAUGAAUUUGGAGACAGGCAUAUUUGAGGUUGUUAACAAGGAAACUAAUGAAGAGGCUCUCAAAAGGUUUGCAAAACUACUUUCCCAAGAGAGGCAUCUUCGCCAUGCUAACUCCCCCGGUGGACAUGCUCAGGGGCGGAGGCAUGCACAUGCACCUUGAGGGUGGGGGUCCAUGCCCCCCCCACCCCCCCCCCCCCCCCCCAAAAAAAAAAAAAAAAAAAAAUUCAAAACCCUUCAAAAAAAUUAUUUUUUAAGGGUUAAUUAUAUGAUGGCCUCAGCAAGAAUAAAAUUCAACCCCCCAAAAAAUGUACUCUACUAGUAAAAACUAGAUGGCGUAGUAAUUAAAAUGGAAGAUGAGUUUCCAAUAGAUAAUUUGCUAGUUUAUAUUGAAAAAGAUUGAAAUUGCUAAGGAUUUAACUGGAGAAAUGGUAUUAAUUAGAUGAAUUUUAUUAAUUCCAUGAAAGAUCGUUGUUGAGCACAAUUCAAAUGAGAUACAAAGUUGUUUUUUAUUAUUAUUAUUUUUUUUUACAUGUCUGUAAGCUAUAGCAAACUAUAACAAUUUUAUAUUUGGAAGAAAAUUUAUUUUUAAAGAUAAUUUUAUAGGCAUGUAAAUUUUGUAUAUAGUACUUAUGACUUGGUAUGAAGUUAAUUUUAAGACUUGUCUACUUUUAUUUUACAUUCGCGCGCAUAUAGAGAAACUAUAUAUAUAUAUAGAGAGAGAAAUGCUUGGUUGUACACUCUUAUCCCCCUCCUAUCUCACCUUCGUCUACUUGGACCAAUAAUAUUGUUAAAAAAAUUGGGUCCCACUACACUCUCUCCACUAUCUCUCACAUUAUUGGUCCAUGUAGACAAGGGUGGGAUAAGAGUGGGAUGAGAGUGUACAACCAAGCAUUUCUCAUAUAUAUAUAUAUAUAUAUAUAUAUAUAUAUAAAAGUUCAGACCCACUAAAUUUUUGUUGGCUCCACCCUUGGACAUGCUACCCAUCACAAGCACAAAUACAAAAUGAAGAUAACGUUACGUUUAUUUUGAUCUUGUACGUGAACUACUGUUGUGUGGUCUAGGUGGGACGCAGAAAAGUCCACCCUCCUGACUCAUUCAUUAUUCGUUUCAAUUUGCUUGAAUAAAUUCCGGAUAAGAUA